ACAUUUUACGUCCCUAGGAUAAUAAAAGGAAUUGAGAUAACAGUAAGUUUUUAUGUCCCUAAGAUAAUAAAAAGAAUUGAGAUAAUAGUAAGAGGGGCAUUUGAGUAGUUGCUGAUGGUAAGAGUGACAAAUAGAUAAAUUCUCCCAGUUGCUGCCUCUACGGCAGAGGACACCGAGCUUGCUUCGAGUUCGACGCCGGUGAGGUGGCGGCAACUCAACUCAACUCCACCGCCUUCUCCCUUUCAGCGGAGCGGACCCACGGCCGGUCACUCCACUCGCCGCGCCUCCGCCUAACCCUAGCCCCGCCGGCGCCGCCCCCGGUCAAGUAGGAGCCGGCGACCGCAUUCCGGGCCGCCGGUGAGCUCGCAAAACCCCGCCCUCUCUCUCCCUCCAAGCCGAACGGCGAUGGACGGCGACAGCGGCGGCGUCGGCGAGGAUCGGUUCAAGAUCAGUGAAUUCAAAGAAGAAAUCCUGCAACUUGGUGCGCUUGCAUGUGAUGGAGAGGAAACCUCGCGGACAGAGCUAGUGGAGAAGUUGAACAAAUGUAACAAAGAUACGCUAGUCGAACUGAUCCGUUCAUUUGAUAUGACUGGUUCAAAAGCUAAUAGGAAGGAGGAACUUGUGACAAAAUUGAUGGAGUUCUUGAAAGUAGACUAUUCUACUACUGACAGUGCAAACCCAGAUAAGAUAAAUGACUUCAAAGAAGAAACCCUCCUACUUGCCGGGCUUGCAUUUCAUGAAGAAGAGGAAAAAUCACGGACAGAGCUACUGGAGAAGCUCAGCAAAUCUAACAAAGAUACUCUAGUUGAACUUUGUCGUUCAUUUGAUAUCCCUGGCUCAAAAGCUAACAAGAAGGACGAAUUAGUUAUAGUUAUGAUGGAGUUCUUGAAGGAACACUAUUCUGGCACUGAUGACACAGACCCAGAUAAGAAAACCAAGAAAAGAAGGCGUAAGAGUGAAGGAACAAAUUUAUCUGGUGGUAAACCUUUGAAGAAAAAGAAACUUGAUGGAACUGCACUGGAAAUUCAUGGAGAAGAGGAGGCCACUGGGGUUAAGUGUGAGGAGAAUAUAACACAAUACUCUGAGUGUGGUUUGGAGGACAACAAAAAUGAACUUGGUAAUCAUGAGAAAGGACGAUUUCCAAAGGAGAAGUCCAACCCUGAGCCUUCUGAAAGGAUAAGUGGCCAUGUGUCAGAAAAUUUUGAUGGAGCAGCUCUCACUGAAGUUCAAAUACUUUCAAAUGAACAAUCACUAUCUAAGACACCAUCUGCAGGGUUGGUUAGCACAGUUGGAGAUAGAACUGACGUGAAAACUUCUGGAAAGAAAAAUGCCUCUAUUACUAAGAAGAAAACAACCCCUAAGACAGAUCGCAAGGAAAAAUCUUGUGGUAAACAGAUGUAUAGAGGAGAUGUGAAACCUCAAAAACUGGCAGCAGUACCAAAUAGGGAUGAGCUGAGGCAAGCUGUCUUCUUGAUCUUAGAUUCUGCGGAUUUUGCGACGAUGACUUUUGGAGAUGUUGUGAAAGAAGUUGACAAAUACUUUGGCAAGGAUCUGUUUGAGAAAAAGCCACUUAUAAGAUCCCUGAUAGAAGAGGAGCUCUUUAGGCUAGGGGAGGAGGCUGAGAAGAAAGAACUGGAAGAGGAAGAAGCAGCAGAAGCAAAAGCUAGAGGUGAACAAGCUUCCAAGGAAUGGACAAAAGUUGGAGUUGAUUCGGGUAUAGACAAGGCAGAAGAACGUAAAGUUGCCAAGGAUGGGAAAUCCAAAGACGCUGCAAAGAACGAACAUUGCCAUAGUGUUGAAAAAGGUCUGGAAGGUGGGAUUUCUGUAGAGGUUGCUGCUGAGAACAUAAACAAAAGUGAUGCUGCUGAAAUUUCACAGGAUAGACGAUGUGAACAUGACAGAGAGAAUGAAAACAAUGGUGGUGACUUCACCAUGGAUGAUAAUGCUGUGCAGGAUGCAAACAGUGGUGAUCAUGUGGAAUCUUCCAGAGAUGGUAAGACUGAAAGGACAAAGAAGAUCAAUAAUGGUGAAGCCAUAGAUGGUUCUGAAGAUGGCAAAACUGAAGCAUCUAAUAGUGGAGAAAAUGCUGACACUAGAAAUGACAGCAACAAAAAUGGCGACAAAAGUGCACUAGAUGUUGAUCAUCGUGGAGCUGAAGAGUCUGACGGCAAAAAGAAUGGUGAGCAUGUAGCUUGUGUGGAAGAUGACAAAGCUCAUGAAGCUGGCAACACUGAGGGUGAAAAUGUUAUAUCCCACGAUACUGAAGACGGCAAAAGAAAAGAAGCCAUGGAAAAUGCAAGCACGGAACAAACUCUAACAGGCGCUGGUGAUGAUGGUAAAACUGGAGAUGCUGAGCACAACACCGACACCGAAGCUGAUGUCGAUUCUUGUGCCGAUGGUACUGCUGAGAAGGGGAAGACCAACAGUGACGCUGUAACUCUGUGAGCAAAACAGCGAUGGAAUGGCUCAGGUAGCACAGAUAUGCAGCUUUUGCAGGAAAUUACUACUGAUGAUGUCCUAACUUGAGUAGGAUUAGCUUGUGCAGGGUCAAUGUCAAAGUCAGAGGUUAGGUUUGGCCUUGCUGUAGUAGAUAGAAAUGUUCAAACUGCCAUGUAAAUUAUCUUAACUUGAGGAGGUGUAUAUUAUGUAGCCCAGGGGUGAUCUGAAGCCUGGAGCUGGGAAUUCCAGUCAUAUACAUGACUGCUGUAAAAGGAUUUGUAUCAAAGUUUAAACUUAAAACUCCUACUAGCAGAAGCAGUACUUCAUGCUCUGUUGGUUUCAGCUUACAACAUAAGACUGCAAAUUUAACAAAAAGUAUCG